AUGCAGUCCAUAGCCGUUGCAUCUCUGUGCCUCUUCUUCCUCACUUCAGUAGUCGCAAACUCUUAUCAUACAAGUGCCAAAUUACGUCGCGAUGGAGUUCUCAAUCUGUACCCAUUCCCAAGAGUUGGCCGCGCCAGUCACACUUGGCAAUUGCCUAUCAAGGAAAAACUGCCAAGUCAAUCAGUUUUAGACCCGGAAUCCACAAAACGUCAGCUAUACGCAUUCCCAAGGGUCGGUAGAGAUAUGUCCGUAGAAGAUCUUUAUCAUUACAUCAAGAGACAGAGUCUUGAGCCUCAGAGCAAGGAAGUCGGGAUGUGGUUCGGCCCGCGACUAGGAAGAGCAUACCACGCUGAUGAUAUUGAAAUGACGGAUGAAGCUGAAAGGGGCGAACAAUUGGAACAGAAUCUCACCGAGCGUGAGAAACGAAACGCCAAAGAAAUUUAA